GAGUUAUCUCCCUUUACCACGUUGCCUGACUAUUUCGUCAAGUUUCACCAUACAUCGAAUUUCAGUGAAAAGGGAACAGUCUCUGUGAACAUGAGUUUUGCGAAAUACAAGAAACUGAUUGAGGAGGGAGACACGGUUAUACUAUACCUAAGUUUCAAUAACUUGAUCCCAAUCACGGUCACGAGCGGACAAACCCACCAGAACAAGUAUGGAGCUCUGAAGCAUUCGGACAUGAUCGGUGUUGCUUACGGAAGUAAGAUUAACCUGAAGAAGGGCUAUGUGUAUGUUCUGCACCCAACCUCGGAGCUAUGGACGCAGACUGUUCCACACCGCACCCAAAUCCUAUACACCACUGACAUCAGUAUGAUCUUGACACAGCUUGAUCUUCGACCUGGCAGUAUUGUUGUGGAGUCUGGCACUGGUAGUGGGUCACUAUCCCACUCACUGAUCAAGGCAGUGAUGCCGACCGGCCACCUACACACAUUUGAGUUCCACAAGGAAAGAGCUGAGCAGGCUGCAGAAGAGUUUAAGUCCCAUGGACUCGCAGAUUAUGUGACAGCCAAUCACCGAGAUGUGUGUGGGGACGGCUUUCAGUUGGAUCAGGUGGCUGAUGCGGUUUUUCUUGAUCUUCCUUCACCUUGGGAAUGUAUUGCCAGUGCAAAGCAGGCUUUGAAGAAAGAAGGGGGACGACUGUGUAAUUUUUCUCCAUGUAUUGAACAAGUCCAGAAAGCCUGUGAGGCUCUGUCACAACAUGGAUUUAAGGAUCUAACAACGUUGGAGUGCCUCUUGCGGAAUUUCAAUGUCAGGACUGUCAAACUCCCAUUGGCUGAUCUUGGCCAAUCUGGGCUUGAGACACCAGACCCUGCUGAAUGUGUACCAACGAAGGUCAAGAUCUCAAAGGUGGAUAACUCUAUGGACAAAGAAUCUGAUGUCAAGGGACAAGUAGCUGGACCUUGGAAGAAAGUACCCAAAUGUGACUUGAUAGGAAAAAUUACCGAGAAAGACUUUGUUUUCCAGACAGGAGCACCCCCCAGUCAACACCCAGGCCACACAGGCUUUCUGACGUUUGCAACACUGUAUCCAUCUUGAGAGGUAUUUCUUGAGUGGUAUCUUCUCACAAGAAUGUUUCCCAUUGUCACAAAAGGAAGUGCCUAUGGUGGGAGGGUUUCCUCUAAAUUUCAGUGUAUUUAACAAUGGAUUUCUGUGGUUUUGUGGAACAAGGGAAGCAGGGAUGGUCAUGAACACGCUCAAGGGGAGGCAUAUUUACCAUGUAUUAGGGGCGUGAGUGGGGGUGAAUAGAAUAAAUGUACAUUCAAAACCUUAAAUGUAGUUCUUUUGCAUUUCUUUUCGGGAAAGUUCACAAGCAAAAUGUUCAAGGACAUGACAAUCUCAGGCAUUAUCAUUAUUUUGAGUAUUUUACUUCAUCAAAAGCUGAACAUAUACUGAACAUAUACUGAACAUACAGCUCUGUUAAGUUCUGUUCUGGUUUAGCACCAGCAGUAGCUGGCAACAUUUCUGGUCAUUGGGUUAGAAUUGGUCCAGGACAACCUAUUCCCAAGCUCUAUGAUUUCAUAGCCUGGAUAAUGUAAGGAUAGCAUUAAACAGUGCCAGUAAUAUCGAUCACUGGACUGUUUUGUUUUCAUUUAUGCUGAGCACCAGUAAAUGUAAUGCAUGUGAACAUGGUAAAUGGUACUACUUGAGAAAAUAACAACACAACAUGUCUCAGCGGAAAUAUUUAAUGAGAGUUUCAUCAUGUUCCCACAGUGACAGUAUGUACAUAUGAAAGCUGUCAUGCACCAUCUAGUAUGUACAGAGAUGCUAUCCACCCAGACCGACACCCCCUCACCAGCUGCUGGGAACAACCCUGAGCAGCCAGUCAUGAGACCUGUCGGGACAGUAUAGGAGAAUAUACAUACAAUGAACCCAGUAAAACAAAGUGACAUUCCUACUGAAAAAAUUACA